AUGGAUACCACUUACCUCAAAUCUUUUCAAGUGGAAAUCCAAAAUUGCUUUUUUCAUUUGGAUGUUCAGGAUGAUUUUCUAUGUCGGUCCAUUUUGUGUCUUUUCCAACUCACCCCCGUUUGUUUUGGGAGGAAUGUUUUUUUUUCCCCCCCAUUGCUGUCCUCAAUCCCAUUUCUCACCCUGAAUCAUGACCCUGUGUGUGUCCUGUUAGGUGAGCGCGUUGGGUUUUCUCGCCCACCGGGAAAUGGCAGCACUCCUCCUCCCCCCAAGGAACUCUGCAGAACCUUUCACACCUCUAACUCAGGGACGGGGCUGGCGUGUGUGUGGUACACCGACGUGUCCAGACGCAGCACUUUGACUGUUCUGGGAGUAGGGUUGUACAACUUCAAGGAAUGUUUGGAUUUCCUGCAUCUUGUGGAUUUCUCCUUAGAUACCACAUAG